AUGGCGGGACGAGUUCUUGGUGUCAGGAGACGGAGCGUCUCAAGGACUCCGCUUCCGUCUCGCGGUCAGCAACCUGCUUCACUGGGACAGGACCUGCUCGCCAAAGAGGAAGAAUAUAAACGUUUAAAUGCAGAGUUGGAGGCAAAAACAGCUGAUGUGGUUCGACAAGCUGAUGAAGCAAUAAGAGACCAGCAGGAGGUACAAUCUAGGCCUAUUUCACAAAUUAAAUCUUAUGACAAAGAGGAGGAUGAAUACAGUUUAAGACUUCUUAAAAGUACUUUCCGAGAUCCAGGAUGGCGGCGGAGGUGGAGACAAUGUGAAGCUCAGAUCAGAUUUCUAAAGGCCAAACUCCGUGUUAUGCAAGAAGAACUAGAUAAUGUUGUUUGUGAAUGCAAUAGAAAGGAAGAUGAAAUUCAGGAUUUAAAGUCUCAAGUAAAAAAUUUUGAAGAAGAUUGUAUGAGACAGCAGCGUACAAUUAAUAUGCAACAGUCUCAAAUAGAAAAAUAUAAAGCUCUUUCAGAAGAAGCAAGCAAAAAAUGUGAUGGAUUACAGCAACAGUUGUCUUCAAUGGAAAGGGUAAUUUUUUACCUAGAUUUAUGCAAAAUAUAUAGUAAACUGUUAAAUGUCACACAUUUGUAUAUUGUUCAUUCAAAAUUAAAAUACUUUAAUGUACAGAAUGCCAACGAUGUUGCAAUUCCAGAUGAUUUCUCAGACUUUUCUCUUACAAAAACAAUUAACAAAAUUGAAGAGCAACUGGAUGAAAAAGGCAUACCUGAAUAUAUAGAGGAUGACAUUUUCCCUGGUGUUAGUAAAGAUAUUGGAACAGCCUGCCGGCCAGCCAGCCAGCCAGCCAGCCCGCCCCUGACUGAAUGUGCUCCCGCUCCCGCUCCUCCUCCUCCAUCUCCACCAUGUGCCAUCGGUGACCGCCGCCUGCACCAAGAGGCCAAGGCGGCCGGGGGCGGGGACGGGGGCGGUAGUUAUGAUAUAACAAAUGAAGAACAGAAAAAAAUUGAAACCUUAAAAUUAGAAAAUAAGAAGCUAGAAAAGCAAAAAGGAGAACUAAUGAUAGGGUUUAAAAAACAACUGAAAUUAAUCGAUGUUUUAAAAAGGCAGAAGAUGCAUAUUGAAGCUGCAAAGAUGCUGUCUUUCACUGAAGAGGAAUUUAUGAAGGCUUUAGAAUGGGGAAAUUAA